GUAAAUGAAGCCUACGUAGCUAUCUAUAUAUAUCUAUAGUAAAGUCACAAAAAGACUCAGUAAGCGCAGAGAUUUAAACCUUGUGAAGUUGGAUCUCAUUACCGAUUCUGACCUAUGUGUAUUUCUGGAUUUCACAUCACUAGAUCGAUAGUCUAGGGAAGACGGAUCUCUUUUCGUCUGAGCCACCUGCAGAUGAAAUCAUCCAGCAUCACUAUUAGUCACCGGUCCGCCAGCACUAUCCGUCUCACAGAACACAACGUCUAAAUCAUUAAUACCCCGUACUUGGGCAAGACUUACAACGACUCUAUUGACAAACAUUACCACUAAUUCUCCGCCGUCCUCUUUUUCUUUUCUUUUUUUAAAAAAAUUAUAUAGAUAGAUCCGAAAAGAUGCCUGUGGUCACGCCAGAGAAGCUGGCUGGUCUGCAACAGAAAGCGGACGAUGUGCGAAAUAUUUGCAUCUUGGCCCAUGUCGAUCACGGCAAGACCUCCCUCACAGAUGCUUUGCUGGCCACAAAUGGCAUCAUUUCACCCAAACUCGCCGGCAAGAUCCGUUAUCUCGAUUCCAGGCCAGAUGAGCAAAUUAGGGGCAUUACUAUGGAGUCGUCCGCCAUCUCCUUAUAUUUCUCUAUGCUCAGGAGAACCGCACCAGACGCCGCGCCAGCACCCAAAGAGUAUCUGAUAAAUCUGAUCGAUUCACCGGGUCAUAUUGACUUCAGUAGCGAAGUAUCCACGGCCUCACGGUUAUGUGAUGGGGCAGUCGUCUUAGUCGAUGCCGUUGAAGGCGUCUGCAGCCAGACAGUUACUGUUCUUCGGCAGACAUGGAUAGAAAAGCUGAAGCCUCUAUUGGUUUUUAACAAGAUAGACCGUCUCGUAACGGAGUUAAAGAUGACUCCAGGUGAGGCUUAUAUCCAUCUAAGCAAGCUUCUAGAGCAGGUAAACGCUGUAUUAGGCAGCUUCUUCCAGGGCGAGCGUAUGGAGGAGGACUUAAACUGGAGAGAACGCAUGGACGAGCGGGUGGCGGCCGCUGCCGCGAAGGAAUCGAAGCUCGGAGAUGGCGAGAGUGACAUUGGCGAGUUACAGUUCGAAGAACGAGAUGACGAGGAACUUUACUUUGCCCCCGAGAAAAACAACGUCAUAUUCAGCAGUGCAGUCGAUGGGUGGGCGUUUACUGUUCGACAAUUUGCGAGUCUGUAUGAAAAGAAGCUCGGUAUAAAGCGCAAUAUCAUGGAGAAGGUUUUAUGGGGUGACUUCUAUCUUGACCCGAAGACCAAGAAGGUUCUCGGACGAAAACAUCUCAAGGGUCGGAAUCUCAAGCCUAUGUUCGUGCAGCUUGUGCUUGAGCAGGUAUGGGCCGUCUACCAAGCGACAAUGGGUGGCGAUAAUGGAAAGGGGGAUCCUGUUAUGCUUGAGAAGAUCACAAAGUCUUUAGGCAUUACAAUACCGCCCCAAAUUGCCAGAGCUCGAGAUCCUCGACUACUAAUGACAACUGUCUUUUCAUCGUGGCUUCCAUUAUCCACCGCCGUGCUUGUAUCGGUUGUUGAGUCGCUACCGUCCCCCAAAGCAGCGCAGGCGGAGCGUUUGCCAGAGUUACUAGGAAGCUCACCCGGCUCAGAUCAUAUCGAUCCUAUUGUCAAAGAUGCGAUGGUUAAUUUCAAAUCCUCCAGGUCGGAUCCAGUGGUGGCAUAUGUCAGCAAAAUGGUCUCUAUUCCCGAGAGCGAACUACCCGAGAAUAAACGGCGAGCUGGCCAGCUCAGUGCCGAGGAGGCCAGAGAACUCGCGAGGAAAAAACGGGCAGAAUUUGCCCGAGCGCAGCAAGCUGAAUCAAAUGGGACGGGCGAGAUAGGCGCACUUGAAAGUAUAUCGCUGGAUGAUUUUGUUCCCCAAUUGGAAGAGAAACCUGUCGAGGUCGAGCAUCUCAUAGGAUUUGCAAGGAUAUACUCAGGGACACUCUCAGUCGGGGACUCUAUCUACGUCUUAGCACCCAAAUUCUCGCCUGCCAACCCCCAUUUGUCCCCAGAGCCUCAAAGGGUAACAGUAACGGCCCUCUAUAUGCUCAUGGGGCGUAACCUAGAGUCCUUGAACUCAGUCCCAGCUGGCGUAGUUUUCGGCAUCGGUGGCCUUGAGGGUCAUAUCCUAAAGUCAGGCACUCUAUGUAGCCAGUUGGAGGGAUCUGUCAAUUUAGCUGGAGUGAACAUGGCAGGCAAACCAAUUGUCCGUGUUGCCCUCGAACCUGUAAACCCUGCGUACUUGGACAAGAUGAUCGAGGGAUUAAAGCUCCUCGUUCAGAGUGAUCCAUGUGCCGAGUAUGAGCAGUUCCAGAGUGGCGAGCACGUCCUUCUCACAGCUGGCGAAUUACAUCUCGAGCGUUGCUUAACGGAUCUCAAGGAAAGGUUUGCAAGGUGUGAGAUUCAAGCAGGCGCACCUAUCGUACCAUACCGAGAAACGAUUGUCCGAGCUGAAGAGAUGCGUCCACCGGCAAAUAAAGAUUUGGGUAGAGGUGUUGUCGUUGGCGUGACAAGCUCGAAGCAAGUGAGCAUCACACUUAGAGUUAGGCCUCUGCCUCAAAACGUGACGAAUUUUCUUCUGAAGAAUGCGGCCUCGGUGAAACGUGUCUAUUCCGAACAACAGGAUGUCAUAGAGGAUGAAGAUGGCAAGGACGAGAUACAAGAGCAGGAAAAAGUCGACGUUGAUGAGGAUGUUGUUCAAAGCAAAGUACUGUCUACCGAGGAACUAAAAGGAAAGCUUCGGGAGACACUCGAAAGUGGCAAGGGCCGCGAAGUUUGGAGAGGUAUUGUCGACAAAAUCGUGGCAUUUGGGCCUCGGCGAACAGGUCCAAACCUCCUCAUUGAUGCAACGAAAGAUGGGUUAUUUCCCAAGGUUUUCUCCGGAGACAAGAUAGAGGGCGACGCUCCGAAGGCUGACGAGGCGCUGCAUGCCGCCCAUUUAUGUGAUAAGGUCACAUACGCGUUUCAACUGGCUACUAACCAAGGCCCGCUGUGCAAUGAGCCUGUUCAAGGAGUCGGUAUCAUAAUCGAGGACUUGACCGUAACGGCCACAGAAGAAGAAACCUCAGCCCGCGAUCGGUUAGGCAGAUUGACUGGGGAGGUCAUUAAGACGGUGCAGCAAUCUAUUCGGCAAGGAUUUUUGGAUUGGUCUCCACGGAUCAUGCUCGCCAUGUACUCGUGCGAGAUCCAAGCCAGCACCGAAGUCCUAGGCCGCGUCUAUGACGUGCUAACGCGUCGCCGAGGCCGCGUACUCUCAGAACAGAUGAAAGAAGGAACCCCGUUCUUCACCAUCCAGUCUCUCCUGCCGGUAGCCGAGUCCUUCGGGUUCGCAGAUGAGAUGCGGAAGCGAACGUCAGGCGCCGCACAGCCGCAGCUCAUCUUCGCCGGCUUCGAGGUGCUGGACGAAGAUCCGUUCUGGGUGCCUUUUACGGAAGACGAUCUCGAGGACCUCGGCGAGCUCGCGGACAAGGAGAACGUGGCCAAACGCUAUAUGGACGGCGUGCGGCGCAAGAAGGGCCUGCUCGUUGAGGGACGUCAGCAGCGUGUUGCGGCCGAGAAGCAGAAGACACUGAAGAGGUAGUUUUGGUGGAUGUUGUAGGAUGUAUGUGAUAUCACGUCUGUAGUGUAGGCAUAAUUAACUGCAUCUAUCAAACCUUGCCCUCGUCAUUGAAAGUGAGAGAACAAGCUUACAAACUCCCUAUAUCUAGAAAGAAGAUGUCGAAAACCUAUCACCCAGAUCGUAACCCUCCAGCGGUAGGGUGCAUCUCAGGCCCCAAGUGAAUAAUACUAUUCAGUUGUGGAAGAUAACUGAAACCCUUCUGUAUCGCGCACAUAAACCUAG